CAAUUUUCCCCAAUAUUUAAUUUUUCAUUUUUAUUCAAAGGAUAUUCUGCUUUGCUUAUCAACUUGUUUCAUUCAUCCGAUUGCAGCGGCGGUGAAACUUCGAAUUCCGAUGGGCUGCAUUUCGUGCGCCAUACCUAUUUUUCUUCGCCCCACCAUCAUCAGAUCGCCGCCGUUAAAGUUGCCAUUCUACACUUUCCGCCGCCGUACGGCGGCGGCGGCGGCGUAUUCUGCCUUGCCCUCAUCAGAAAGAGAAGAAAUUAGAAGUCCAGAACUCGUCGCCCGACAAUACGCCGACCUCAAUCUCUCCGACAAAUUCUGCGAGGAAGUGGGCCAUGUUCGAAUCCGGCAGCAUGUUAAUCCCCUCCGUUCAACUCUUAUGAUUCCGGUGGAACCGCCGGACUGGAAUGCUGUUUACGAGGAUGCCACGCUGCCAUUGAUGGUCGAUAUCGGUAGUGGUAGCGGUAGAUUUCUCUUGUGGCUAGCUAAAAACAAUCCCGCAUCAAGAAAUUAUCUCGGAUUGGAAAUACGCCCUAAACUCGUCACACGAGCUGAGCAUUGGGUAAACGAGCUGGCUCUAAAGAAUAUACACUUCAUUUUUGCCAAUGCAACGGUCUCAUUCGAACAACUUGUGUCUACAUAUCCCGGUCCCUUGAUUUUAGUAUCUAUUUUGUGUCCAGACCCUCAUUUCAAGAAAAAACAUCAUAAACGAAGGGUAGUGCAGAAGCCUCUUGUAGAGUCGAUCGUACGAGGCUUAGUUCCUGGAGGACAGAUCUUCGUACAAUCGGAUAUUGCUGAUGUGGCGCUUGAUAUGAGGGACUACUUUGAUGCUGAGUCAGAAAAGCUUGUACAUAUCGACACUGUCGAUCCUAAUAUGGUAUGUGACAAUGAGGGUUGGUUGAUAAACAAUCCAAUGGGAAUCAGGACAGAGCGAGAGAUACACGCGGAAUCAGAAGGUUCUAGAAUGUUCCGAAGGAUGUACCAAAAACAGCGGUAAUUAACACACACACACGAAAAAAAAGUUAUGCAACCUUGCCCACAACUCUAGUGGUUGAUCGUGGCUGAUUAAUAUCUCGUGAAAUUGCUAGUUACCGAACGAUUUUUCAUUUUUCUACUUUGCUAAAAAAGCCUCGUUCGAAAAUAGUGUGACGAGUUUGGAUGUUCUUUACUGCUUUUAGAUGGAAUAGUUAGCUGAAAUAGUUGUUUAGCACAUUUAAUUGUUCUUGCUGCUUUGAAAUAGAUGAUUAAUUGUUGUAGUGUGACAAAAUCCGAAUAUGUAAUAACUCCUUAGUUAGAGUUAUUAGAACUAGAAAAUGAAAAUAAAUAUUUUAGUGUUUA